GAAGCACACCAAUUAGAUGUACUUUUGGACUCUUUGGCUCGUCGUAUUGUCCAUUUGGUACUGUUCAAUGUCUUCAAACACCGGGUCGUUUGCGUCAAGAUGUGAGGAUUCGUUUGAGAGAGUUAGAGCGUUCUUGGAGCUGCCCGAGACGACCGAGCUGGUAGUACGGACACAGCGAAGAGUUGUUGAGAGCAUGGGCAUAUUUGACGAGAUGCUGGACAAGUACAGGUGAGUGUAGCAUUGGCACAGGGAGGUGGAGCGUGCGUUACUAACGGAAAGGAAGGCUGGACGAGGUUUCGCUCUCGUACAACGGUGGUAAGGACUGUCUUGUGAUGCUGGUGAUAUACAUGGCGUUGCUGUACAAGAAGCUGAGCAGGGAAGAGCUCGACUCGAUCGACAGGCUGAACACGGUGCUGGUGAACUACGAGCACUACUUCCCGGAGCUGACUGCCUUCAUCGAGUCGUCGUCGCAGACGUACGGGCUGAACCUGGAGCAAUACAACGAUACGAUGAAACACGGCUUCCAACGGUACCUGGAGCAGCAUGGCAACGUCAAGGCCAUCGUGGUGGGCACUCGCCGCACGGACCCAUACGGGUCCUCGCUGGCACCGUUCCAGCCGACAGACAGCGGGUGGCCUUCCUUCAUGAGAGUGCACCCUGUUCUGAACUGGCAAUACGACGAGAUUUGGUGCUUUCUCAGGCUCGCCAACGUUCCAUACUGCUCGCUGUACGACAUGGGCUAUACCUCGUUAGGAGGUGUUGAUACAACGGUGAAGAACCCCUGGCUCAAGACAGACGGUGGCGAGUACCGGCCAGCGUACGAGCUGGCCAACGGAGACGAGAGAGAGAGGGACGGACGGUUGCAACCGUCCCAGUAGCUGCCCAUUGUAUAGAAGCUUGAUGUAUAUAUAUAAUCCCCAUGAUGGUUAUGAAGCCCGUGUGUUUGCACGAAUAUCUCCGGA